CUUCUGCGGUAGUCCCUGUGUGAGUAAAAGGUUGUUAAAGUUUUUCUUCCUACUGAGUAAUUUUUUAAACAAGAUGAUGAAUGACGAUAAAAAGUUCAAGAAAGGCCACACGUAUCUUCAGUGGAUUUUUGCUUUAUUGGCGAACUCUACGCUAUUUGUCUAUGGCUUGGAGUGUGGCUGGAUCUCCCCCACUACGAAGAUUCUUCAAUCCGAUGCUUCUCCAACUGGCUACCCUCUAUCUGACAACACCAUAGCUUGGAUCGCAAGUUCUAUGAGCAUGUCAGCCAUAUUUGGAGUGUCAGUUUAUUCAUAUAUUGCUGAUACAUACGGGAGAAAGAUUGGGAUUAUACUCAUAACUAUGUUAGAAGCGAUAUCAUGGAUAAUAAAACUUACUUAUACAUCGACUACAACGCUUAUUAUAGCAAGGCUGUUCUCUGGUUUGGCAGCUGGUGGAUGCUUCAACACAGUGCCCAUGUAUGUAAAAGAAAUAAGUCAAGACGAUUUAAGAGGAACACUAGGGACACUCGUAAUGCUAAUGCAAACGACUGGAGUACUUGUGAUGUACCUCAUCGGUGCAUAUUUGGAUUAUUACACAGUUGUCAUCGUGGCACUGAUACUGCCGAUUGUUACUUGCAUGCUGUUAUUCAAAGCUCCUGAGUCGCCUGCGUUUCUGGUGAAGCAAGGGAAAAUUGAUGAAGCAACAAAAACAGUAGCACGUCUCAGAGGCUUAGAGGAAGACGACAAACUUAUUCAGAGCAUCGUUGAGGGAAUGAAGAAUGAAGACGCACAUUUUAAAUCACUCCCCGAUAUGUCGAUCGCAUGCAUAAUUACAGAAAAGACUUGGCGUCGUGGCUUCGUAUUAAUUAUGACGUUAUUUUUAUUCCACGGAUUAAACGGAGCUUACGCUAUCGUAACUUAUGCAUCCACCGUAUUAAUAUCAACUGGAGUCAAAUUCGAUAUAAGUCCAGAAAUACAAACGCUAAGUUUUCCAAUCGUUAUGAUAAUUGGUGCUCUGACCCUCGCUGCUGUCGUUGAAAGGUGCGGAAGAAAGCUUCUCCUUAUUGUUUGUUUCCUAAUAUCAGCGCUAUCGAUGACUGUGAUUGCUAUAUUAAUGAUUAUCCAAGAGCAAGGAGGUUCCGUACCCAGUUGGCUGCCUGUGGUUGCUAUCAUACUUUCUGUUUCAAUGUAUGGCGCUGGUGUAUCGCCUCUUCCAUAUAUCAUAUUAACAGAGAUGUUCAGUUUCCAAAUUCGAGCUAAAGUCGUCGGCACUGUGGUCACUUUUGCAUGGUUCCUAACAUUUGUAUUGGUUACGAUUUAUGCACCAAUGGCAAAUACUUUGGGUCAAUAUGCGCCAUUCAUAUUUUACGCUACGAUUAAUCUCGCAGGCGCAUUUUUUACGAUGAUAUUUAUACCGGAAACUAAAGGAAAAAGUGAAGAAGAAAUCCUUCAACUAUUACGAAGAAGGGUUAAGAACGAUGAUAUUAAUUAAGAUUGUGUUUACAAAUGAAUCUCAUAGCUUAAAAUAAAUUAUCUUAUUAUAUCGAUAUUUUAAUAUUUUGUAAAUAUUAAUAUAAUAAAAAUAAGAUAAAAUAUUUAAAUAAUUAUUUAUUUUAGAUAAUUAUAAUUGAAAAUAAAAACAUAGUUACAGUAUUAUUUGCUUUGGAAUUUCAGUCUACUUUAAAAGCCUAUGCAAAUAAAUAAACAUCAUAAUUGCCACCAUAUUAUUAUUUUUUAAAUAUAGCUAUUAUAAUCACUCGGGAUGAUGACAUAAGGCUUCUAACCAUAACCCAUAUAAUUAUUCAAAUCAGUUCAGGCAUUUAAAAGGUUAUGGUAAAAAAAAGAAACUCACAUAUGAAGUCACUUAUUACAUGAGUAGUAAAAGCACCGUAAAGUCAUUUCAUUUUUUAUACUGUCGUAUAAUUAGGAUAAAAAAAUUUAGGAUACAUAGAUAAAUAAGUUACCAAAAAUACAUUAUACAUUUUAA